AUGUGGGUUCAGUUUCCAAGCCUGCGAUUAAAUUUGUGGACUCCUAUUGGCAUUAGUAAGAUUGCAAGUAUUAUUGGAAAUCCUAUCACUACUGAUAAGCUCACGGCUACAAGGCAAAGGUUGAGCUAUGCUAGGGUUUUAUUGGAAGUUGAGCUGCCUCUAAAAGAAGCCCUGCCUGAUAUAAUUGAAAUUCAAGGGCCUGAUGGCAAGAUUUAUAAUCAAAAAGUGAUAUAUGAAUUUAAGCCAAGAUGGUGUUCAUGGUGUAAUGUUGUUGGACAUGAAACUGUUAACUGUAGAAGACACACUUCCAAGAAGAUUUGGGUGCCUGUUAGCAAACAAAGCAAUAAGGAUGUACAGGAGAAGUUAGUGCCAAGUCAUGAUGCACAAAAAAAUUUGCAGCAAAGGAAUGUUGAAGAUAACGUAAAUUUUGGCCAAACUAGUAGGAUGUCUGGAACUCUGGAACAGGAAGCUGGCAGUGUGUCAGGAAAACAUGCACACCAAGUACAGGAUGCAAGAAUCAGUAUUUCAGCUCCUAUGACAGAAGGUUUAUUACCUGAUAAAGUAGGGAUGCAGUUGGUGGGUGAUGCAAAUCAGACAAUGGCUGGUUUCCUCCCUCUACAGAGAAAACAUGCACAAACUUCACUUCCUGGUAAACAACUGCAGAAGGGAAAACUCACCUCAAUGCAAAAAGCUUAUCACUCUUCUCCCUCCAUUAAUUUUGAUGGCUUCACAAGUGUUACUAGAACUGCUAAAAGGGCUGUUAUGAGUGCUGAUUCAUCAAUACAAACAUCUCUAGGGUUUAACAAAACCUCUAAACAUGGGAUAGUCAAGAAGUUUAUUCAGGAAUACAAGAUUUCUCUGUUAGCCCUCUUGGAAACUAAAGUGGCUGGAUCUGACAAACUGCAGGCAAUUGGGAAUAAAAUUGCUAAAGACUGGAAGUGGUUAUCUAAUAUUAAUGCAUCAAAUAAGGUGAAAUCCAAAGAUGGGAAUCUGGCAUGUCUUAUCACAGCAGUCUAUGCUUUUAAUCAAGCUGAAGGUAGGAAGUCUCUCUGGGAGGAGCUAAUUUCAUUCAAAGGAAAUGUGAAUUGCCCCUGGUUGGUGGGUGGUGACUUCAAUGCAAUUAUUAACAGUGAUGAAAAGAUAGGAGGAAAUCAAAUGAAUGAUGCUGGAGCUGAUGAUUUUCAGAACUUCAUUAACUCUAGUCAGCUUAGAAACAUCAAAACUACAGGUUGUUUCUAUACAUGGAGCAAUAAGCAGGAUUCAGCUUCAAGAGUCUGGUCAAGGCUAGAUAGGAUUCUAAUAAAUGAUGAAUGGAUCUUUAAACACACUGCUAGUCAAGCUGAGUAUCUGAUGCCCCUUUGCUCUGAUCAUUCCCCAGGUCUGAUCACAAUUGAUGAUACAAAAUUUGUGGGGAAAAAACCUUUCAAAUUUUUCAACAUGUGGGCUAAACAUCCAAACUUCCUUGAUAUGGUGAAAUCUGUCUGGAAUAAGGAUAUCAGAGGAUAUAACAUGUACAGGUUUCACACUAAACUCAAAAACCUCAAGCCUGUCCUUAAGGAUUUGAACAAAAAGUACUUUAUGGAUAUCAGUCAACAAGUGAUUAGAGCUCAAGCUGAAUUAAAUGAAGUCCAAGUAAAGCUGUACUCUGAUUUGUUCAAUUCUGAGUUGAUAGCAAAAGAAAAGGAAUGCACCAAGAAAUAUAUCAACUUGCUGGAUUGUGAAAAUUCUUUUUACAGACAUAAGGCUAACAUCAAAUGGGCACUGAAUGCAGAUAAAGGCUCCCAUUUAUUCCAUUCAGUUAUGAAAAAUAAGAGGCACCAAAACAAAGUUCUAACUCUGUAUUCUGAGGAUGGCCUUAGACUAACUGAUAUAGAUGAUAUAACAGCAGCAAAGAGGACCUGUAUCUGGCUAUUGAAGAGUUCUUUGCAUCAGAUUAUUUCUAAAAUCAUUGCUAGCAGGCUGCAAAAAGUAAUUGGUUAUCUUAUCAAUGAAGCACAAAGUGCUUUUGUUAAGGGGAGACUGAUAUCCAGUAAUUUCCUGCUAGCACAUGAGCUCAUAAAGCAAUAUAGUAGGAAAAACAACUCCCCUAGAGCUAUUCUGAAUAUGGAUUUAAGAAAAGCUUUUGACACCAUCAGUUGGGAAUUUAUAAGAGCUAUGUUGAUGGGUUUGGGUUUUCCUAACACAAUGACUGAAUGGAUUAUGGAGUGUAUCUCUUCUUCUAAAUUCUCUCUAGCACUGAAUGGAGGGCUACAUGGUUACUUUCAAGGGGCAAGGGGGCUUAGACAAGGGGAUCCUCUAUCUCCUUACCUUUUUGUAAUUGGGAUGGAGUACUUAUCAAGGAAAUUAAGCUCUUUAAAUACAGACAAGUGUUUCAGAUUCCACCCUAAAUGCUCAAAACUGAAAAUAACACACUUGGUGUUUGCUGAUGAUUUACUGCUGUUUAGUAGAGCUGAUAUGAUUUCAGUUCUGAAAAUCACUGCUUGCUUCAAAGAAUUCAGUUUGGUUUCGGGAUUGGAAGAAAAUUUAGCCAAGUGCUCUGUCUACUUCAGUGGUGUUGAUGACAAUAUUAAAAAUCAGAUAUGUGACUUUCUGGGAUUCAAAGAGGGGGUUCUUCCAAUGAAAUACUUGGGCUUGCCUCUAAGUGCAAAAGGACUCUCAUAUGUGGACUGUUCUUCCCUCAUUGGCAAAAUUCAAGAUCAGUUUCAAUUUUGGCAGAAGAACAGAAAGUUAUCAUAUGCUGGAAAGCUGGAAAUGAUCAAAUCAGUCAUAUUGGGCAUUCAAACAUUUUGGAUGAGUAAUUAUAUUUUGCCAAUUAGAGUCUUGGAGAAGAUUGAUAGUCUUUGUUCUCAGUUUCUCUGGAACAGCAAAAUGCACUUGAUCUCCUGGAACACUAUCUGUCAAGGAAAGAAGCAAGGGGGUUUAGGAAUUUUUUCAGCAAAAGAAUGGAAUCUGGCCACAGCUGCUAAACUGUUAUGGAUGUUACACCUCAAAAAAGAUUUAUUAUGGAUAAAAUGGAUUCAUGAAAACUACUUACAAAAUCAAGAUAUCUGGACUGUUCAACCAAGAUUGAAUGACUCAUGGAUGUGGAAAAGACUUAUUAAAGUAAGGGAUAUAUUGGUUAAUAGGUUUGGAAGUGUUGAAAGGGUGAAGAUUACCAUUAAUGAGUGCUGUUCAAAUGGCAAAGUUCUUCUUUCUGCCAUGUACAGAGUUUUAAUUCAGCCUUCUCCACGGGUGAACUGGCAUGAAACAGUUUGGGAUGGACUCUUAUAUCCAAAACGGCUGAGGUCUGGAACAUGA